CCUCCGGCUCUGGGCACAGCAGGCAGAGAGCAGGGCUGUGCAGGGAGAGUGGGGCUGUGGCCCCUUUGUGCCAUGGCAGGGUCAGGCCAUGGCUCUGGUGGCCCCCAGCCCUCAUCCCCUCGUUACCGGUACCUGGACCUGCUCUUCGCCGUCCUGGGCACUGCUGCUUUCUUGGUAGACCUGGUCGCUGAUCUGUGGGUGGCCUCCAGCUACAUGCAGGCUGGGCACUGUCUCUGGGGGGGGCUGGUGCUGGCACUGCUGGGCCUCUCCUCCCUGGCCAUGCAGUUCUUCAGCUGGGCCUGGUAUCAGACGGACAACAUCGAGCAGGACCUUCCCAGUUGCUGCUGCCUGGCUGUGGUGCACCUCUUCCAGCUGGGCUAUCUCUACAGGUGUCUCCGUAUGCUGAGAGUGGGCUGGCGAGUAUGCAGGGCAGAGACUGCACCACAGCAGGAGCGAGGCUACGCUGUCUUCCUGUCCCACGACAUCAGCAUGCUGCGCCUCUUUGAGACCUUCCUGGAGAGCACCCCUCAGCUCACGCUUGCUCUUUCCAUUGUUCUGCAUACAAACAAGGUGGAGCUUUUCCAGGGGCUUGGGAUUUGCACUGCCUCCCUAUGCGUGGCAUGGUCACUACUGGAUUAUCACCAGUCCCUCCGCUGCUUCCUGUUAGACAAGCAUGAGCUGGGCCCGCUCUCCUCCACCAUCUACUUUCUGUGGAAUUUCCUCCUCCUCUGCCCCCGCGUCCUGGCAGUCGCACUCUUCGCCACACUCUUCCCAUGCUACAUCGGCCUGCACUUCCUGGGCAUCUGGACUGCCAUGCUCCUCUGGGUUUGGCUGCAGGACACUGCCUUCAUGGAGUGUCCCAGGCGGGAAUGGCUCUACAGGGCAACGGUGGCCGUGAUUCUAUAUUUCUGCUGGUUCAACGUGGCCAAGGGGCAGACGCGGCAGCGCAGCGCAAUCUAUCAUGGCUUCAUCCUGGUGGACAGUGUGCUCCUCGCUGGCUCCUGGCUCUGGUACAAUGCCCCUCUGCGUGAGCGCUCCUAUCUGCUCCCUGUGCUUCUCGCUGCCCUGGUCUGCUCUGUGCUCGGGCUGCUGCUGAGAAUCACCUACUACAAGUGGCUCCACCCCACGCUGCAGACCCGGCGCCAGGCGAGCUAUGAUGAAGUAGACACUGCAGAAGGACUAGCCCAUUUCCGAGCUAGCCCAGCGCCAGCCCCUGUGAACAGACGAAUGUACCAGCUGUCCCAGAACCACUUCUUGGUCUCUUUGCAGGCCGGACAAAACUGGGGGAAUGGUGUCCUAGAUGACAUGUCUCUCUGAGCACAGCUGUCCUGCUCCAGGCAGAGGGAUUUACACCUCAGGGAUCUGUGCUGGGGGAUCCCAUUCCAGACCUGGCUCCAGCGUUCCAGGGCCCGAGCACCACACCUACGGAAAGGGCAGCUGUGGCAGGGAGAGGAGGUUGGAGAGAGCUGGGCGGGCCGAGAGCACUGGCACUUAGUAGCUGUGACCCCUGUUCUGGGCUGGCUCUUCCCGUGGGAAAGGCAAUGCAGCAAGUGUCACGGGAGAAACCCGCUAGAAGAGUGCUGGCUGCCGAGUGGGCUCAGCAGCAUAUUAACCCUUUAUUGUCAGGCCCCUGCCCCGGGACCUGCUCCCCUACAGCAAACUCCUCACUUCUUCCUGCUCGUUUCCCCCCACUGCCCUGUUGAGCCCCAUCCCCAUUUCCCUGCCAGGCUCUCCCCUGCUUUGUUUCAGCAGAGUUCAAUGGGAAACUGUGUGCUGUUCUUGGCAGGACCUGCCAGAUUUUCCAUUUGUCUGGGAUUUCCCUGCACUUGUGUUUGUUGCUGAUUUCAAAGCUUCCCUGUAGUAGUGGGUAACCCAUGGCACUGCUGGAGGGUUUUCCAGCCAGCUGCAAAAGGUCAGCACCAGCUGAAACAGUGUGGUGGGAGGGAGUUGGAGGCCAGGAUGGACGACUUGUUGGUGCCACCUGCCCCUUAUGCCCAAGCAGUACAGGGUGACCCUGAGCGCCCACCCCUAGUAGCCACCCAUCUGGUGUUGUGCAGGAGGGUUGGAAAUCCAGAUCAAAAGCUUCCCCCACAGCCUCAGCCCUAUCCCCACCCCCACCACUCUCACACCACCCCAAGGGGCAGGGCAGGGAGCUGUGGGUCUACAGAGGAGAUGUGCCUUGUGGGGCAAGGGAGGGAAACCCUUUUCCCCACAUGGCCCAUACUGGUGAAACAUCCCCUGCACCUGGGGGGGGGAGGGGUUUCCCCACCCACCCUGCAUGGACCCACGGUAUUUCCACACCGUCCUUCAGGCCCAUGGGUGGGGGAGGAGUGGAGGCGCUGUCCCCAUUAUUCACAGGCGAGAGGGGUGCUGUCUUUGGCUGUGGAGUAAUUUGUUUCCUCCUCUUUCCAUACCUCCUGUGAGAAUGACUGUGGGUUGCUAGAGCCCCAGACGGUGGGCAAAUGAGUCAGGCAGACACUCAGAAGGGGUUUUUCCCUCAGGCAGGACUCAAAUUUGCUAGCGGCCUGGAGCGUCUUGUGUCACUGCCGGGUAGCUGCAGCCCAAAGCACAUGCCUGGGAAAACAUCAUGAACUGGCAGCACUGAGACUGGGCCCACCCAGGUGGGGAUGCGGGUAACUGCACACUAGACUGGACUGGGACAAGUACUGCUCCCAGCUGGCCUGUGCAAAACAGGGUGGAUUGAUUAAAAUCAAUUAUUUAAAUCAAUUUCUCCAUUUGUGCUUCAAUCAUUUUCUAAAGGAAGUGAGAUAAACAUGUUGACUUACAACCCCAUAGAGGCUUGACACUAGAUUUGGAACAUCUUUUUGCUACCUCAGAGAGUACACUACAACAAUAUACAUUUAUGUAAGCAAUUAUACAGCUUAAGAAUCUGAAAAUAUUAACUGUACAUUUUUAGUAUGUUAAAUGGUGAUUUACUAGAUAACUUUUUGCUCAUUUGUGUCAAGCUUUGUUAGGAUGGUAACUGGAAUUUAAACAAACAAAACAAUAUAAAAUUUAUUUUUAUUAAACAAAACUACCUUAAAAGUUGUUUUACAUAAAUGUCUUAUCAAAACAUGUUUCACAUUUAUAACAAUGAUUUAAUCAAAGAGGGAUUAACUGGUCAGUGAAUUAAACUGAUCAUUUCAGAUGUUGUGAUAAUUGGUCUAAAACUUUUGCCUUCUUGAGAAUUUACAUGGAAAGCAGGGCAAGUUAUUUUCAAUAAAGAAAGCAUGUUAUAAACAGGUGCAAGAGAAUCAGACCAAGUAAACCAAAAAGGCCAUUCUGAUAUAAUCCAAAGACUGUUGAAAUUAUGCUGGUUAAAAACAGAUGAUGGAGCCAGAAGUUAAUAUACCAAGAUCGGUGUGCCUUGCAUCUUUUCGGUGCACUGUUUACAUUCAGCACGUGUUCUUUUUUUUACCCAGAGGUACGGGAAUCUCUCAAAACUAUUCUAAUAGGGUCUUUUUUACAACCUGCAGCCAUGGUAGCUAUUUCUCCCCCCGUUUCCAGCUGUUGAAAUCAGAACUAAGGCUGCACACAAGAAUGUUGUUCCUUCUUCCCAGUGCAGUUUUGACACUGCUGUUGCUCCUUUCUGGUUGCACAAUCUGCUCCUUCUCCCGUUACAUAACUUCCCUGCCCGCCCAAAGAACUAACAGCAAUCCAAGACUUCUGCUUGUGUAACCCACAUGCCUGUUGCACUGCAGUAUUGCACUUGUUUAGAGACAGAGGGAGGCAGUUCAGAAGUUAGUGGAUGUCUGUGCACACACGCGAGGCCAUUUACUGGAAGUGCCCAGCCCCAUUCAGAAGCAAGGGCUAGGAGUUACUAGGCAGAUCAGUGUUUUUUCAUGAGCUGGAGAAUAAGUGUCCAUAGCGGAUGGAGUCAUAAAUAUUAAUAAUUUGAGAACUGAGGCCAUAAGGGCUCAGGUAGGGACAAGCUAUAAAAAAGGAGUAUGAGAUCCCCACCCCCGAGAAAGCUCAAUGGAUGAUCCUGACGAGAUACAUGAUGGCAUAUCCUAGAUUCAGAGACUGGGUCUUUUGCACCCAGUAGCACAUCCCCAGGUCCCCCACAGGAUCAAGCCAUUAACGCAGCUCCAGACCUAUUGUGCCAUAUUUAUAAAGCUUGACCUCAGAAGUUAGAAUCGGGGGAAAACAUCUUUCUUUCUACAGAAAAACAGCCUUUAACCUAAAGGUUUUGCUAGAGGCUCAUGGAUUCAGCAGUUAUUUUUUAUUUAAAUGUUUAAGAGAGAAGUAGUUUUGGCUGUAACAGAUUUUGUAUUAAAUUUAGAUUUCAUUUUAAACAGGUUUAUUUUUAAAAAUAAAAACAAUUUAAACAUCAAAAAAAUUCCACGUAAGUCACAGAACUCAUCAAUGUUGCGGCAUGAGCAAUUGUGGUUCUCUGUCCAGCCCACACAGCAAGCAAGAACUACCCCAUGUUGGCAGCCACAGCACAGAGGCAAAAGUCUUGCAUGAACCAUGAACAGCACGCUCCUCAUUCACCCUGAGAGAUGGCCCCUCCAGGGCAGGGUUCAGAAUUCUCCCCGGCCUAUAAUCAGCUCCAGGGCUGUCAUAUUGGAUUUUAAAGCCAGCUGGGUGGCUUUAGUGCCAUUUACACUGAACAUAAGACCGGCUGUACCGGGUCAGACCAAAGGUCCAUCUAGCCCAGUAUCCUGUCUUCCAACAGUGGCCAACGCCAGGUGCCCCAGAGGGAAUGAACAGAACAGGUAAUCAUCAAGGGAUCCAUCCCCUGUCGCCCAUUCCCAGCUUCUGGCAAACAGAGGCUAGGGACACCGUCCCUGUCAGUGCACAAUUCCUGCUGGGUGGGGAUGUGACAGUCAGGUUUUCAGAGAAUAGACCAUAGCAAUUAUUACAGAAAAUAGACUUUAUUUUUCCAGUUUAUAGGACAGUUCCCAUCUCACAGAACAUGACUGGUCACGGAAUCCACAGCCAUUAAUGCCCUCAGUCACAUACAUACACUGCAACCAACACCUGGUUCUGUGUAAGGCAUCUGGCGGGUCCAGAGGGAACCACCUGUUUGCUAAUAUACUCGAGUACAAAGGGGUAAUGCAGCCCUGCCAGGGCACUGGGAACCAGCAAGCAUCAACAGGCUGGUUUUUAAAGUAAUGGAGCUACAGCAAAGCUGAGGACACAGACUUUACCGACUCAGCCUGGAGGGCAGAGGAAUACUCAGAGGGAGCAUCUUAGGGGGCUGUGCCGCUUAAAUUACAAUCAAAUCGAAAAAUAAUCAAAAAGCAACAAAACAGCAGGCAUUU